ACCACCAGUCACUAACACAAAUAAUGAGUUGUGCGGGGUUUUACCCUGAUAUUUUGACUUAAAACAACCCAGUUUCGUAUCAGUAAAGAUCACAAAUCGCGUAAUAUCAAUUGUGGGGCUUGGUUUGUGAAUUACACUUAAUUUCGUGUUACGUAACCUUAGCCACAAGAAACCUAACCUUAAAGUCUACAAAAAAUGUCAACAAAGCGCUGAUUUGGCGCCAAGUUUUUUGUAUUGUGUUUUAGUGCAGUUUUUAGUGUGUUAUCGAAGCAAAACAUGAUUUAGGAACAAUGAAAGAUUCAACUCCAAUAAAGACCGGUAAAAAAUCAAAGAAAAACAAGCACACCAAUGAAGAAACCCCCGAAACUUCCCCAAAUGGGGCUAAAAUCAACGCGUUUCAAUUUAUGAUGAAUCGAAGACAUCGGAGCAUUGGGGGGAAUUCCCCUGGGCGUGAACCUGACGCAAACGACUCGGAAACAGCCUCGGAUAAAAGUGUCUUAAAGGAGAGGAAAAGUCGGUUUGAGAGCUGGGCGGAGGCCAAGGGGGCUGCCAAACGUAAACGAGAGUACGAGGAAGUCGGCAAUUGCAUCAGUUACAAGCUGGAGAAACGGGGAAAACGAUUGAAAAAGUUGCUAAAUAUUGAUUGUCAAAGUGACGAUGAGGUGGUCACUAAAAGGAAGAAGCGGAAAACUGUUGUAAUUGAAAGUGACAGUGAGAACGAGGCACCAAAAACACCAACUGCCAACAAAAAGUGGAAAUUUAAGAUCAAGUUGGCCGUGGAUGACAGGAGUGAUGUUGAAAAUUCGUCUGUCAACAGUCAACGAAAUGUUGAAAAUGCCCAAGGAAGUGUUGAAAAUGCCCAAAAAAGUGUUGACAAUGCCCCAAAAAGUGUUGACAAUGCCCCAAAAAGUGUUGAAAAUGCCCAAGGAAGUGUUGAAAAUGCUCAAGGAAGUGUUGAAAAUGCCCAAGGAAGUGUUGAAAAUGCUCAAAAGAGUGUUGAAAAUGCCCAAGGAAGUGUUGCAGACGUGGUGAUAGUUGAAAAUGCCCCUGUCAAUACGCAGUCUAGUGACAGUGGCAUUGACGUCAUCGAACUCGACGUGGACCCAGCCAACUCUGUUUCCGACGAAAAUGCCUCACGCAGAGUUUUACGAUCCCGAAAACCGAAAAAAUACGAUGAUUUUCUUCAACUUUCUGAUUCGGACGAUGAGAAGAAGAAGAAGACAAAAGUGGCACCAGUUUUCUUAAAAGCUGUUCCAAAACCAAAAUUAGAUCCGGAAGCAAUGGAAGCAAGAAGACAGUUUUUGAUGAGUGGUGUUCCGUCUUCUUUGAAAAAAGAGAUGGAAAAGGUGCGAAUUUUUAGUACUGAAGAAUCGGAUUUUGAUAUUUUCCCGUCGUUAAGUCACGUCCAGCAAAAAUCCGACAAUAUUUUCUGGGAUUUACCCAAAGUUGAUUUAAAGCUGGCAAACGUGGAGGAAAAAAUGCAAUUUAUUUCUCCACUUGUCGAAAAUUUAAUAACUAGAAGUGAUGGUGAAAAUAAAAUUGUCAACGAGUCUGUGCAAAAAAUAACAAAUUUAAAAAAAAUCAUCAAGGAGAUAAAAUUACAAAAUCCAAAUUAUCCGGUUUAUAAGAUAUUUAAUUCAUUGUUUGAGAAAAGUGGUCAAAUAAUUGAAACCGUGAAUGACGUAACACCGAAACGCCGCGGUCGCAAAAAGAAAAAAUCUUUGGAAAAACCACCAGAAAUUACAUCGCGGGAACACACGAUGUGGACCGAGAAAUACCGAGCAACUUCCUCUCUCGACAUCAUCGGGAACCACAAAGUUGUGUCAUCUUUGAAAGACUGGCUUUCCCAUUGGUCGCUCAGUGAACACAAAAGACGGGGCAGCGAAUCAGAUUUCGAAAUUACCGACAGCGACAGUCGCGACAGUGCCACUUUUGGCAACACUGUCAUUUUGCGGGGACCCCCCGGAAGCGGCAAAACCUCGUCCAUUUACGCCAUUUGCACCGAACUCGGUUACAACAUACUUGAAGUUAACGCUUCGAGCAAACGCACCGGUAAACGCCUCCUUCAGGAGUUACAAGAAGCCACCCAGUCGCAUCAAGUCAAGAAAAAACAAAACACGAGCAAAUGCGUCCUAUUGGUCGAAGACAUUGACAUUGUCUUUGACCAAGACGAGGGUUUCAGUGCUGCCCUCUCGCAGAUAAUGUCAACAAGCAAGCGGCCAAUUGUUUUAACAAUGACCGACGAGCCAUCUGCCGGCAUCCAAAGAAUCAUAAACGACUGUCGAGUGUUUCAAUUCGCGCCUUUGACGCCAAUUUUGACAGUUUGGUUGCAAAUUUUGUGCCUAAUUGAGGGUUAUUUUGUCAAAAUCGAGGCACUUGCCGAGUUGUUGGCGUUCAAUAAAGGCGACAUCAGGCGGACUUUGCUGCAAUUACAACUGUGGGUCAAGUCGGGUGGCCACCCUGAUGGCAAUCAUGGUGGUAGCACUGGUGGUGCCACUAGUGUGUCAAUUGACAUUGACGAUGAUUCAAACUUGCCCGAUUUUGGCACAGAGUGCGCUAGUGACACAAUCCAGACACAUUCGAAUUGUGUGCCAAUUUUUAAUUGGUUACACAAUUUUGAGUUGCUUUGGUGGAACUUUCCCCGCAUUUUAAAAAUGCCCGAUUUUUCCAAACAUCGGUUAAAUCGCCACAUUUGUGAUUUCCCGGCCGGGAAAACCGAAAAAAACAAAUUGCAAGCGCUGGCCAAUUGUUACGAUUCGUUGGCGUUUGCUGACGUCAUGUGUCAAAAAAACCGGUUUGAGGAAAGUCUCGAACGGUCUUGGCGGACCAAAGAAAAGGAUAGUUUGACUCUUGAGGAGAAUUUUUCUCUUCCAGAUUAUAGUGAUUUUAGCAAUGAUUUAGCGCAAUUUUUAUUAAGUGGCCAAGUGAAUAAUUUUGAGGAUUCGAAGGUUGAUUUUGAUGUUACACUGCCGGUUCCAGAGGAACGAAGGUGGCGCUCGAAACAAAUCGGGUGCGAGCUGAGAUUACAGAAAGCUGUAUUACCGGCCGAUUGUUUACACCGGAAGGACGUAGCUUUGGAUUAUAUGCCGGCUUUGAGGAGCAUAGCACGGUCCGAAUUUGAGAGAGCGGCAAAUAGUACGAAGAGGGGGAACCGCUUUUAUAGCUACUUGAAGGGUUUAGGGGUGCAUGGCAGUGACGUCACGUAUAAGUCGGCCUGUGAUGUUUUUAAAAUUUGGGAUUGAUUUUUGUAUAUUGAAUAAAACGCACGAGUUUUUAUUUUA